AUGCAGAAUGUGCUCUCGCUAGCACUUUCAAUGAUAAUAUGUGUCUCAUCACAAACUACUCCAAAAGUUUUGUUGAUAUCGUUCGAUGGAUUUCGUUCAGAUUUACUAAAUGAAACUUUGGUUCCUAACAUUUACAAAUGGGCAAAACAGUCAACGUGGUUUACGAAGGGAUCUCAACCGACUUAUUUUACUUAUACAGCUCCUAACCAUAUGGGAAUCGUCACGGGUCUUUAUCAAGAGAGUCAUGGGAUAGUAUCAAAUUAUUUCUAUGAUGAGAAAACAAAGCAAAUUUUUGAUUAUUUCAAUUACACUCGUAGCGCGAAUGAAACUUCAAGGAAUAGUUCGUGGUAUCACGGGGAGCCAAUAUGGUUGACAAACGAGAAGGCUGGAACUUCUCGCCAUUCAGCUGUUCUUGAUUGGCCCAUGAAUGAUGUUUCUUAUCCGAGCGAGCCUCAUGUUCCUACCAUCGCCAGAGCUUGGAAUGUGAAUCGGAAUUAUUCUCAGUUGCUUGAAGACUCGGAAGAAGUUGUAAGAUUGUUCACAAAGAGUGAUAAGCCUUCAAAUUUUGUUGCCUGGUACAUUGCGGAGCCUGAUCAAACUUUACAUAAAAAUGGCUUCAAUAAUGGAAAGCUUGCUAAAACACUGGAGAAGCUUGAUAUAAUUUUCGAACAUCUGCUUAAAACUUUAGAAAAGUCCUCGAUUCGAGACGAGGUGAACAUUAUUUUAACAUCGGACCAUGGGCAUGCUGAGAUUGUCGAUUACAAACAUAUAAUGUGCUUGAAGGACUACCUGCAUGGAGAUGGUUUUGUGGCUACUGAUCACAUGAUCUACGCUAAGAAUGAAGCCAUUGCUGAAGAAAUUUUCCUUAACUUGACUACAGCCGUGAAGAAUAAUGCUUUUGAAGUCGAAUUGUAUCGAAAAAAGGAUCUUGAUGAGAACUUGCAUUACAAAAAUAGUGAUAAAGUUGGUAGUAUCAUACUCGAACCAGCAGUAGGCUCUUCCAUCUCCUUUUCCUGUACCGCUGAUCAAUUAGAGAAAACAUAUGGUCCUAAUGGGAUAAUGAGGUUCAAUGCAUCAUCUCAUGGGAUGCAUCCAUCUAAUCCUGAAAUGAGAGCUAUUCUUGUAAUGAACGGGCCAAGUUUCCAUAGCAACUUCAAGAUUAAUGAAGUACCAGAAAAUAUCGACUUGUAUCCAUUGCUUUGCAAAUUGCUGAAUUUAACGCCGAAGCCUAAUAAUGGCUCUUUGGACGUAAUUGGAAAAUCAUUGAAAGCGGAAGAAAGCACAAAUAGCUUCAGUGUUGACAUACCUCGAGAAAUUAACUACAGUGUACUUGCGGAUAACAUUGGCUUUUUCAUAUUCAUUGUUCCUCCUACUCUACUUGUGCUGGCGUUUUUAGCUUAUGGCUGCAAACAUACCAUUAUGAAAAACGACCCAGAAUGGGCAAGAGCCUCUGGUGGCUAUCGGCCUUUGUUUACGGAAGGCAAUGAUCUUUUGCCAUCUCAUAAUACUCAACUUGGCAAUGAAUCGGUUACGAUGUCGGGACUGUUAGCGGCAGAAGAUUCUAGUGAGGACGAGCUGUGA